ACUGGCUUUUGUGGUCUCCUGCUUCUUACGCGUGGGAGGCAAAAAGAGCCAACAAAUUAUAGAAUUCGGUUUGGCCCCAACGGGUCUCUCAGGCCAUUAGAACCGAAAAGAGGAAGCAGCGCCGCGGCCGCGUAGACCGGCCGACCCCUCCCCUGAGUCCAAGCGGCGGGCGGGGGAACAGGGACGCGCUAGGCACGGAUACCUACGCUGAGGAUCCCCCGGGGGCUGGGGGCCCGAGCAUGGCGGACUGGACCAAGACCAUGAGCAUGGGAAUCUGGUGCUGCUCAGGUCGCCUGGCUCGGGCUCGGCCGACUGUCAAGCUCUUAUUGCGUUAGCGCUGCCAAGGCAACUGUAGACAGGCGGCGCUUAUAGUCCUAGGCGGGAAAAUAGCAGCAUGAGUUCCCCCGAUGCUUAGUUUCCUCCCUCUUUCCUCUCCUCCACACAUUUCUUCCUCCUUUCUCGUCCCUGUGCUCCUCUUUUUCCGACCUUUGUCCUCUCCCACUUCUGCUUUCUUCCAUUUACCCUCCUGCAUUUCUAUUUUCCAUCCCUUGCUCUUUUUCUUCCUCCUCCUAUCUUUGUCUUUCCUCCAUCCUCUUUUUUUUAUUGUCACACAAGCUCCAUUCUCCCCCAACACACACACACACACACAUAUCCUCCUCUCCUAGUUUUCUCCGCCCCCCGAGCCCAAGCCUCCGCCCAUUAGCCCCCGCCCCCAGCUGCCAGUCCCUAGCAGCUCAGUCCUGCAGUGAGUCUUGGGAGCCCAUAGCUAAGCACCAGGAGCUGAGCACUGUCCGCUGUGCCGGCCUGCAAGUCUCCGACAUGGCUCAGGAGAAAAUGGAACUGGACUUUGAGGCUGACACAUCUGAUGGGGGCACCGUGAGGCGGUCCAACAGUGCUCCCCUGAUCCAUGCGCUCAGUGACCUUUCACAGGUUUUUGAACCUUAUAUACCUAGAACUCGGAGAAACAGUACAACAAUUAUGAACCAUCACAGCUUGGUAAGUAUCAAAGAAGAAGGCCUCGAUAUGAUGAGCAGGGAAACUUCACAUGAAAGGGAAGUGCAAACAGCAAUGCAGAUAAGCCAAUCAUGGGAUGAAAGCUUGAGCCUGAGUGAUAGUGAUUUUGACAAGCCAGAGAAAUUAUAUUCUCCAAAGAGAAUCGACUUCACACCAGUUUCACCAGCGCCUUCCCCAACCAGAGGAUUUGGAAAGCAGUGCUUUUCACCUCCCUUACAAAUGUUUGUGAGUAGCAGUGGUACGCCACCAAGUCCUGUUCCCAACCCAAGACGAUUUUCAAGCAGGAGGAGUCAGAGCCCAGUCAAGUGCAUUAGGCCCAGUGUUCUUGGUCCUCUUAAAAGAAAAGGUGAAAUGGAGACAGAAAGCCAGCCUAAGAGACUCUUCCAAGGCACUACCAACAUGCUGUCUCCAGAUGCUGCGCAAUUGUCUGAUCUCAGUUCAUGUUCAGAUAUUUUGGAUGGCAGUAGUAUCAGCAGUGGCUUGUCCUCAGACUCACUGGCUACAGGCAGCGCUCCCGCAGAGUCUCCAGUAGCAUGCUCCAAUUCAUGCUCUCCGUUCAUCUUGAUGGAUGAUCUCUCACCCAAGUGACUUAACCAUUUCUGACUCAGUGUUUUAACUGCUAUUUCCCACAUAAAACACUCAGUGAGGGAUGCAGUGAACUUUGAUCCAUAAAGGGGAUUAAAGUUUGGCAGAUUGCAACCAUUCCAGUGCUUCUAUUUCUGGGCAUCUCUCUCCUCUAAAGUUCAAUUUUGCAAGCAUAGUCACUUUACUAAUGUCUAUUUUGGCUGAUCUCAUUUGCGUUUGAUAACUAAAUCUCAAAUACACAUUUUCGAUUGCUUAGAGGAUUUUUCUUGUUAGUGCCUCAAAGAGCACCUUUUUUUUCAAGUGUAUAUGUUUAAGGGAGGCACUUAAGUGUAUUUUCUACAAUUGUUCUUUUCCCCAGCAGUGAUGUAACAGAGUUGAUCAGAAAUCCUCUUGCUUGAGAGAUUUGUUUAAUUCUCUAUUUAUUAUAUACUUUCCCAUCUCUUUAUUUCAUAGUAAUACUCAAAUUGCUUUUGAUUAUAUCAGAUUUUUAUUUUUCUGCAUCAGCUUAAAGUACAUUGUUCCCUUUCCCUUUCCUGUUUGAGCUGCUUACUUACCAUUUCUCACCGAGCAGAAGAAACCCAUAGUCGCUUCCAUCACUACCCUUAUUGCUUCUUUGCUGUUGGAAUGUAUGAAGUGAAGACUGAUUUUAGAGUGGAGGAUGCAAUGGAUUUACAGGAUGCCUGCAUUAGUCACCUCAGGUUCAUAGGACUUUUCUACCACAGUUCAUAUUUCUGUCCCCAAACCUGUUGCCCUAAGGAAUAUAUAAAAUAUUAUUGAUAUUUCUAGGUGGUGUUAUCAAGGAGAAGAAAUUCCUGCCUUGACCAGAUGUGUGGAGCAUCUACAAAUGAACGAAUAGUUAUUUACACAAACCACAGUGUACAAAAGCAAGCAUCCACGAAGCUGUCAGUGUCUCGGGUGAUAUUAUGAGGCCUUAGGUGCCUUGGGGUACAUUGUUGUCUGUAAGGGAUAUACAUCAUAAGGUCCCAUGGAAAGAGGAGCUUUAUGUGUGUAAGUGCUACUUACUAUUUUCUUGAUGGGUUUUUCUUUUUUCCUGAUUCUUUUUUUUUUUUUUUUUUUUUUUUUUUUUUUGUCAUUUGAGCUUGUUUUGUCAUGUGGUAACUGGUGUUUUGGUUACUGUGCUGUGCCAGAGUCACAGUCCAUUUCUUGUUUUGCUGCCUUAUAGAUGGUAGUUUACUAUCUACAAGGAGCUGAAUGGGUCAGUGAUACUGUGCCCUCUGCUUUAAAAAGUCUUUUGAGCUAUAAGCAGUGUAUAGUAGUUGAGGUACCAUAUGCUCUGUCUU